AUGCGCUUAGCUACCAGGUCUUCCUCAAUCAAUACUUCUUUACUUUUUACAUCCAACCAUGAGACUUCACGAAGAAUCCACGACCAUGCCCACCGUAACAGAAACAACCCCUCUCCUCUCACCAACUGCCAUACCCGCAUCACCACCACGGCCAAUACCAACACCAUUAUCAUCGCCCUCAUCUUCGAACUCGGUCUUAAACAUAGCCCCCAAAUCGAACCCUACAAUCACCUCAAAUACCUCCUUCACACCUUUCCAAAAGCGGCUCAUAAUACUCACCGCAUCCCUUGCGUCCACCUUCUCCCCCCUCUCGUCAAACAUCUACUAUCCAGCCCUAAACGCCCUCGCGGCGGAUCUGCACGUCUCCUCAUCGCAAAUCAACCUCACAAUCACUACAUACAUGGUCUCCGCGCAGUCCAAAGCAGCGGCAUAUCAGGCACUGUCGCGCUCUCGGCUGCAGUUGCGGCGGAUAUAGUUGACUCUCACGAGAGGGGAGCGUACAUGGGGCUCACGAGUCUGGGAAAUAUCCUUGCGCCGAGCUUGGGACCUGUUCUUGGGGGAUUGAUUACGAGUCAUUGUGGAUGGAGGGGGGUCUUUUGCUUUCUUGCCGGUGGGGGGGUCGUCGUCUUGCUCGUGCUGGGUUUCUUUUUGCCAGAAACAAGAAAGGCACGAGUGAAUACUUUAGAGGUUGGAUCGGUAGAGAGGGGACAAGCUGAAGGAGCGGCACCAGACAACCAGCAAAGCAAGAGAAGAAAGAAGCCAGGCCUCCCAAAUCCGCUGACGCCUCUCCGCCUCCUAGCUCACUUUCCAACUAGCCUGGUCUUGCUCUCGAAUGGGCUUGUCUUUGCGAGCUAUUAUGCCGUCACGGCCGGCAUACCGUCGCAGUUUGCGCGGAUUUAUGGGUUAUCUGAUAUGGAAGUUGGGCUGGUUUUUCUACCGGCGGGAGUCGGGUCGUUGGUGUCCGCGACAUUUAAUGGAGCUCUCGUGGAUUGGAAUUAUCGGAGGGUAAGGAAAAUGUAUGAAGACACGAAAGUGACUGCAGAAGGAGAUAAUGAAGUGAGUGGAGCUGCAGAAGGAACGCAAAGCGAUUGGGAAUUCCCUGUUGAACGAGCAAGACUGCAGGUAGGGGGGCCAAUGACUCUCUUCUGCUCACUCGUGAUCUUCAUCUACGGCCUGGUGCUGGACCGACACCCUCCCCUUGCACUCUCCCUGGCCAUGAUCUUCCUGGUUUCAUUCUCCAUUACAGCCUCCUACAACGUGAUGAACGUCCUCUUGGUGGACCUGUACUACUCCACGCCGGCAACGGUCAUGGCCACGAAUAACUUUGUCCGGUGCUUUUUGGGCGCGGUGAGUACAGCGCUCGUCACGCCGAUGAUCGAAAGAUUCGGCGGUGGGAGGACAUAUGGAAUGGUUGCGGCGUUGAUAGUCGGUGUGUGCUGUCCGGUGCUGGGAACUGUGUAUGUCAAUGGGGUACAGUGGAGAGUACAGAGGGAAUCGAAGUUUCGGUGA